GCCAGAAUUCGUCGAAUGAGUAGAACUCGAUGACUGAAUGAUAACAAAUGAUUCGUGUCGUGCGCAAAAUUUUAAUGUGUUAUUUAUAAUAAAUAUAUUUUCCGUCUAACCGCUUUGUGAAUUUUGUUGUAGUCGCCCUUCUGCACCAGUGUGUGUAAAGGCAGGCUAACGAAACAAAGCUUAAAAGACUAACGGUUUUUGUGCCAUCCAAUUUUUUGUGAACCUCAAAACCGAAAAUGAAAAUUAUCGCGGGACUUGUGCUUCUUUGUGUUGCUGUGACGUCUGCUCAGCUGCAGUGCGAACAUCGAAAGCCCAAAGUGCCAACUGAUUGGCUGGAUAUGGUGGAUCCCUGUGUGGAAAAAAUGCGUUCCCAAGUCAUGGAGGAACUCAAAGCAGCAAUGCAGUACAUGGCAAUGGGGGCGCAUUUCUCCAAAGACAGUGUAAAUAGACUGGGUUUUUCUAAACUGUUCUUCGAGGCGGCCAGCGAGGAAAGGGAACAUGCAAUUAAACUUAUAUCUUACCUGUUAAUGAGAGGAGAGCUUACUUCAAAAGUCAGCGACCUCAUUAAGAGAAGCCUCUCCCCACAAGUAUCCACAUGGGAUAGUGGUAUUUCAGCUCUGCGCGAUGCCUUGAAGCUUGAGGCUUCUGUCACCAAGAAAAUCCGAGAUGUUAUUAUCACAUGCGAAAAUGCUCCUUCCUACAAUGACUACCAUUUGGUUGACUACUUGACUGGCGAAUUCCUUGAAGAACAAUAUAAGGGCCAAAGAGAUCUCGCUGGUAAGGUGUCCACCUUAGACAAGAUGAUGGAUAAACAUGGUGCCCUGGGAGAAUAUCUCUUUGACAAAAAAUUGCUCAGCGGAGAUUUGUAAAUCCACAUGUAGUUUAAGUUUUUUGUAUUGAAAUAACUUCCCACUUACUUUUUAUGUAAAUAAAAUGUUUAUUUCAGUGUUAGUCUGGUACAUACAUAUAGAUACAUUAUUCCCUGUAAGUAUUGAUACUUCUGAAAUAAAGUGAUUCAUUUUUGAUGUGAGAA